GCUGUUGUGGUUCUGAUAACAAGCAGUACAUCUAUGGCGGCUGGGCCUGGGCCUGGUGGUGCAUUUCUGACACGCAGAGACUGUCUUUGGAAGUCAUGACCAUCCUCUGUCGCUGUGAGAAUAUUGAGACGUCGGAGGGGGUGCCACUGUACGUAACGGGGGUCGCUCAGGUGAAAAUAAUGACCGACAAGGAGCUCUUGGCCGUCGCUUGCGAGCAGUUCUUGGGGAAGAACGUGCAGGACAUCAAGAACGUCGUUCUGCAGACCUUGGAGGGACACCUCCGGUCCAUCCUGGGAACUCUGACCGUGGAACAGAUCUAUCAGGACCGAGACCAGUUUGCCAAGCUGGUGCGGGAAGUGGCAGCGCCGGAUGUGGGCAGGAUGGGCAUCGAGAUCCUCAGCUUCACUAUCAAGGACGUCUACGAUAAAGUCAGCUACCUGAGCUCCCUGGGGAAAACCCAGAUUGCCGUGGUCCAGCGCGAUGCAGAUAUCGGGGUGGCCGAGGCCGAGCGGGAUGCCGGCAUCCGGGAGGCCGAGUGCAAGAAGGAGAUGCUGGACGUGAAGUUCAUGGCGGACACCAAGGUGGCCGACUCCAAGCGGGCCUUUGAAAUGCAGAAGGCCGCCUUCACUCAGGAGAUCAACAUUAAGUCGGCCCAGGCUCAGCUGGCCUACGAGCUGCAGGGCGCCAAGGAGCAGCAGAAGAUCCGCCAAGAGGAGAUCGAGAUCGAGGUGGUUCAGCGCCGGCGGCAGAUCGACGUGGAGGAGAAGGAGGUCUUGAGGAUGGACAAGGAGCUCAUCGCCACCAUCCGGCUGCCGGCCGAGGCCGAGGCCCACCGCAUGCAGGAGAUCGCGGAGGGAGAGAA